UGUGAAUGAAAAUAUAUAUCAAAUAUAUAUUUUAGCUGAUACCAUGCAAGAACAAAUCAUCGAAAAUACUUUCAGCUCUUUGACAAUGGAUACAAUAUCAUCCGGCGAUAGCAAUGAUAGCAGCUUCGCAUCACCAUCGGUAUCGCCACCUACAUACGCCGAGCUCACACCCGCGGUCAAUUACGGUUUCGACCACUGCAAUAUCAAUUACGAUCACGGCAACAUAACUACCAACAAUAACAGCAAAAUAGGUUACGAAGACGGCAACGGUCAUCAUCAAUAUGAUCACGUUCCACUGAGCACCGCGCACCUCCUCGACAUCCUAUCGACGGCGGACGUCGGCGAUGACGGAGAUUUCAGAACUGACAACGGCGAGGAGCUCGACGAGGGCAGCGAACUGGCGGCAUAUCUCUUCCAGAACUCGGAAUGGGUAACGAAUAACCAGACUUUAAAUAUUCCAAAUAAUCAAACUAAUCAUCAGUAUUUUCCGACAUUGAGUGACACAACACAAUUUCAGAGUUGUUGCCAGAAUGGUCCGUCAGGCUAUUCGUCGUUCAGUAACGGCUAUUCUCAUUCGGACACCCAGACCUUGCCAAAUGUUCCAUAUUUCGGACAUAACGACUACCAACAUCCACAAGUAUCCACCCAAACGAACGGAACGUAUCCAAAUCAGGCUCAGUCGAACAGCGAGCACCGUCCUCCUUUUCAAACACACAUACUGCCGAGAACCAGAGCAAAGACAACCACGAAACCUCGACGUCGGGUCGUCACCGUCGCUCAGCGGAAAGCCGCCAACGUCCGAGAAAGACGGCGGAUGUUUGGUCUUAACGACGCCUUUGAUAAGCUUCGUAAAGAGGUGCCGAAAUUCAAGCACGAGAAGCGACUAUCUCGAAUCGAGACGCUACGACUAGCUAUUCUCUACAUCGGGUUCCUAAACGACAUCGUCACACGAAAGAGCGUCAACCAUGAAAGCGAAGUUGACAAUGCCAGUGGUUAAUCUGUGGUGAUUAGGAAGGGGGGGGGGGUAUCAAGAUACAAUUUACAAUAAAAAUGUCAACUUUGUCUGCGGAAGCAAAUUUUUUUUACCGAUGAUAGAAAAAAAGGUGAGGUUUAACCUUAAAAAAGUUUGUGAAUCCAUCCUUCAUCAUGUAUAACUCAGGGAAUCAAGGAAUUACCAAGGGGAGGGGUCACCAUAAAACUGUGUGGGUGUGUGCCUUUUUUGCUUUAAGUCCCCUUGAAUAUGAACUGAAGUCAUCGGUCCCCUGGAUUCUUACCUAUCAGUUUAAUGUAUUGUAAUUAUUGGUCCUUCUUUUAUUUGUUUUCAGUAUUGUCAGGAUUUUGAUUGUGAAUUUUUACAUAGAUUACUUUUUUGCUCACUGCUUGCAUCUUUAAGAUGUAUGUUUCAGUAUUAAAUCAUGACAGAUAAAUGAUUAAAAAAAAUCUGAAAUUCAAUGCUUUUUCCAUUCAACUGAUUGACGAGAGUAUUAAAGGAAAAAAGUGAGUCGUGUGGGAAGAGUAUGCAUAUGGGAGCAUAUUCAGCAUUUCUUAUUUCAAUAAAAACAUACAAAAAUACCCCCCUCCAAAAAAAAAAAAUUGUUGCCU